AUGUCAAAUCUCAUAUCUGAGCGGAAGCCUCAAGAGGCAGAAAAUAUAUCUACUCAUCCAUUCACUUGUAAUACUUGUCAGGUGGCUUUUCGAAAUAGUGAUUUACAACGAGGACACAUGCGCAGUGACUGGCAUCGAUAUAACCUAAAACGGCGGAUUACAUCUCUUCCCCCAAUAUCGUCCGAAAUAUUCACAGAAAAGGUUCUUCAUGCACAGGCGGUUUCAACUGCAGCACUAAAAAAGGAAACCUUUGAAAAUACUUGUUCUGUUUGUGCCCGGACUUACUUCAGUGAGAACGCAUAUCGAAAUCAUAUUGGAAGCCAGAGACAUAAGUCCAAACUAGCUACAACUAAGCAUGAUAAUGAAGAUUCCCACUCAGUAAUAAGCUCGACCUUUUCACUCGGUGAAUCAGUAGCAGAGCCCAGGGAUAAGAAAGUAGUGAGUGGUAAUGUGCAGGAAAUUGGUGAAGCAAUAAACAAUAUUGAGUUGGAAAAUCGGAUAUCCUUUCAACAAGUGGAGAAAGAACCACAAACAAUAUCGCUGGAAAAACGCGAGAUAUUCAACAAAGAUCCUAUCACUCACGCCAAGAACAAAAUUUUUGAGGAAAAAUGUAACCAAAACCGUUGCUUAUUUUGCAACUUUCUGUCCGACAAUCUUGAGCUUAACGUUAAACAUAUGGAAAAAGUACAUGGUAUGUUUAUUCCUGAAAGACCAUUUCUAGUUGAUCUAGAGGGACUGAUUGACUCUCUUUACGAGAAAAUGUUUAAAUACCAUGAAUGUUUCUAUUGUAAAAAGUUGAAGAUGUCUCUCUUUGGUCUUCAGACACAUAUGAGAGAUAAAGGUCACUGCAAGAUUCCCUUCUUCACUGAGGAGGAGCAACUUGAGAUAGGAGAGUUCUAUGAUUUCACUAGUACUUACUCGGGUACUGAGAGUGAGUCUGAAAGUGAGGAAAACCAAGGAAUACAAGAGUCAAACACUUCCAGCGCAGGCUCUAAAUUAGGGCAAAAAAAUGUUGACUUAGAGCUGGAUGAAAACAAUGAUCGAGACGGCUGGGAAACAGACUGUUCAGGAUCAACCAUCAACUUAUCAAAACUUACAAAGAAGGACCACCAGAAAUCUGAGGGGCAUGCAAAGGAUACCCGCUUAGAAUCUUGGUGCAAUGAUGAGAACAAUAAUUCAGUUUCUUACUACAAUGACUAUGAACUUCAUCUUCCUUCUGGCCGGACCGCCGGUCAUCGUUCUCUAAAUAGGUAUUUCAAGCAGAAUUUACAUAACCAUCCAUCACCAAUGGAACAACAGGAAGAACUUGCCAUUAAGGCUAUCAAUAUAUCUGGCUUCGACGACAAUGAUGAUAGAAAUUCACAGGGAUCAGGGAGAAAAACAAUGAGAGGCCCCUUAAUUCGAAAUAGCGAUGCUCUUGGAAUUGCUGGUAUAUCUGCGCAGAAAAUAAAAGAAUUGACCGCACAAGAAAAACGCUCGCGUAAGGUAGAAGAGAGGGGUAGAAGACGUAAUGAGUGGCUUGUUAACAAACAAAACAACUCACAAAAACAUUUUAGGGUCAGUCAAACAAGCGAGUUAUUCAUUUAUUUAUAUCUAACAUGUGUAUCUAGGAUCCUCUUCUCCAAUGAUUAUCAUUCAUUUCCAAGCAAGCUUGCAAGAGUCAGAUAA